ACCAGUUUAACUUGGCUGGAAUGGAUUCCGCUCUCUGCCCUUACUUGAUAUAAAUAUAGAGAUCCUACCUAUAUCGACAGUUUUGUUUCUGUUUCAGAAAAUCUCACUUUUUUCCCAGCUCUUAAUACAUCUACAUCUACCAUCUCAAGACCUCGGCCCCAUAGGGAGAGUCCACCUACCUACCUACAACUUCGUGAUAACGACAACAUCUUGUAAUACAAACAAAGAGACAGAAACCACAAAAGACACAAAUCAAUAAUAGCAAUGUCGCCCACAUACACCAUGUCCGCACAUCUGUGCAAGCAGAUCUACAAGUCCUACCAAAACCGCCAGACCUCCCCCGAGCCAAGCCCCAACUCCCAAAGUACAUCGUCGUGGACAUCGCCAAUCAUGAGCCGCCGUUCGCCGUCUCCCGACAAGCGCAAUUCAGUCGACAGUGACCGCAGCGACUCAUCAUCAUCAACCCCCAGCUCUCCAAUGUCCCGAUCCUCGUCGAGCUCUAGCUGGAGUUGGAGUAGUCGUUGAAAAUCUUCACACAAUUUGUGUGAAUUUAAUCAACUUAUCUAUGUACCCAGAGGGUAGACAUACUAUUCCGCUACCACACGACCACUUACACACACCACGCUACAUGCAAGAUACAUCUACACGUACAUCUAUCUCUAGGGACAGGAAUUGGAGUCGGCACCGGCGUUAACAAGGAACGGAAAUACCCACUGAAUCAACAUGCAUUUUCACUUUUUUCCAACUUUUUCCUCUUUUUCCUACGCCCUUUUACAGAUAAAGCGACAACUGUUACAGCCGAAGGGAGAUUUAUAAUAAAUGCUAUAGCCGGGUUACACCAAGUCGUCUGACUGCGCGAGACGGAACGAUUUGGUCCUUCUACUUGACGCAAUUACUAUCAUAUGGGGAUCUGAUUGAAAGCAAGGCACAAAGUGGGAUGGAGCAAUCGUGCUUGUGUUGCGUGAUCCUGUCCAACAAUGACGCAAGGCGGAACACAACACAACACCACACCUCACGUGUACUAAUACCUAUAGUAUACAAGGAACAAACCACAUCGCGUAAUCCUGUGCAGUCAUACUAGCUAGAUCUCUCCGGCUUUUCGCAGUACAUAGUAAAUAUGAGAAAAAUUUCCGCA